UAUUUUGAUGCAGUAAAUGGGAGUAUGAUUAUAAAGAAGAAGCUCCCUCGAUUCAUAAUGGCUGGUUUGCUAAUGUUGUUUACCAAGUUGGUGAAGGCAGCAAUUUCCUUUCCUGUGAACAUGUUCUGGAAAUCAGUACUUUGGGCAGUUGCUCUUCUAUCUCUUCCUUUCAGAAUGUUGACUGCCUUGCAGAGGGAAAUGCUGCUGGAACAACGUCUACAAGAGAUGCAGUAUGAUUUGAAGACGCUUGUUUGGGACAGGAAGGAGCUUGAGGACCAUCUCCAAGCAGCUGUAAGAGAAAGAAGAAUUAUGGAGUCUAUGUUAAUUGAACUUGAAGGGGAACAUGACAAGGCUAUUGCCAGGAUCGAAUUAUUGGAGGGUGAAUUGCAGUAUUUAGAGGAUGAAAACCUUCAGCUGAAAGAGGUUCAAGGUAAAGCAGCAUGUAGUUAUACCGAUCACAAUGCGACAAAAACGAACAAAAGUAUGAAUUCCGUUGAUAAUCAUGUCAUUCCCUACAGCGUUGCCCCAUGGAUUUCCAGUUAUAAGGGAAGUGGGAUCUCCUUGCAAGAGCUGAUGAUAAACAGACAAGUAUUGGAAGGUAAGAACAAGAGUAACACUAAAUUGUUCAAUUUAUUAAAACCUGGCCCUGAACCAAGCGGAUCAGUGGAACUAUUUACGCCUAGUGUUCAAGAUGUCGACACUUUUAUCGGACAACGGCGAGACGUUGCACUUUCAAAAACUCUUUUCAGUGCAAUUUUAUCAGUUUUGGUUGGAAUGGUAGUCUGGGAAGCCGAAGAUCCUUGCAUGCCCCUUGUGGUGGCCCUCUUUGCUGUUGUUGGCAUGUCACUGAAAAGCGUUGUUCAGUUUUUCAUCAGUAUAAAGAACAAACCUGCUUCUGAUGCAGUCUCCCUCUUGAGUUUCAAUUGGUUCAUAGUGGGGACACUCAGUUAUCCAGCACUGCCCAAGGUUACCCAUAUGCUGGCUCCAUUGAACUUAAGCCUCGAGAACCGACUAGCAAGCUGCUUUGGUAUCUCAUUCAACUAG